AUGGAAACGCAGGAAAAACGAUUUCGUUUGGUUGUACUGGGCUCCGGAAAAGUGGGCAAAACAGCAAUUAUUCAACGUUAUCUUCAUGGCACAUUUGAUAAAAAAUAUCGCGAAACUGUUGAAGAUCUUUAUUUGAAAGAUUUCAACUUACAGGGAAUGAAAAUAUCAUUGGAAAUUUUGGAUACAAACUUUGAUUACCCUGAUAUGCGUAAAGUGGCAAUAGCAUCUGCAAAUGCAUUCAUGCUUGUUUUUGCUGUUAAUGAUGUUCCAAGCUUCAAACAGAUAUUUGAAGCAACAGUUCAAGCAUGGACACAACGUUUGAAUUCGAAUGUAAGUUAUGUCGAAUCUUCAGCAAUGAUGAAUCGUAAUAUAAUAAAAAUAUUUCAAAAAUUCCUGGAGCAAAGUGGCUUAUCGGACGAAAAAAUAGUGAGUAUUUGA